AUCAUGGAAACUAAAGAAAAGCAAAAAAGAACUGCUAUUUCUUAUAGUUUAAAAAAAGAAAUCUGUUUGUUUCAUCAAAAAAAUCCUAAUAAAGCCCAAAGUGAUAUUAAAGAUGAGUUUAAUUCAAA